UAGGCUGGGCUGGGGCUGGGGCUGGGGCUAGGCACGACGCCGCAUCUGGAGGUUGGACCAGUGGAAAAGUUAAGCCAGCAGCCGGGUGCAGCGGAGCGAGGGAGCUGUCUGCUGAGUCCCGGAGAGACUUGACUACAGCUCAGGAGAGACUAAGGGAGUGGGGGAUCACUGCUCCAGUGGGCAAACAAACAAAUAUGGCUGCUAAAUCUCUGCCCUGCCUCUGCCUUCUCUGCAUCCUCUCAGGGAUUGCCUACCCAGCUUCUGCCAUUAGGCUGUGGGACCAGCAGCCAGUGAAAGUUUGUACGAGGGGAUAUUUCCUUAGUGAGCAAAAUAAGUGCCUCCCAUGCAACUGCAAAGGCCAUGCAGACUACUGUGAAGACAUCACGGGCGUUUGCAUCGACUGUAAGGACCACAGUACGGGUGAUUUCUGUGAAAUGUGUGAAGACGGCUACAUGCUGGCUCCGAGUUUAGAUGGACGCCACACCUGCAAACCCUGCGCCUGCCCCCUCUCAGUUCCUUCCAACAACUUUGCAGUGCAUUGUGACAGAGGAAGUGCCAUCCUGCGGUGCAAGUGCCAGGAGGGCUAUGCUGGACAUUUCUGUGAGAGGUGUGCUCCAGGUUACUAUGGCAACCCCAUGGCGAUCGGUAACUCCUGUAAGAGGUGCGAUUGCAAUGGCAACUCCGACCCAAACCUGAUCUUCAACGAGUGCCACAACGUGACGGGCCACUGCCAGCACUGCUGGGGCAACACAGCCGGCGCCAACUGUGAGAGGUGUGCCCCGGGUUACUAUGGCGAUGCCAUCAGCGCCAAGGACUGCAGAGAGUGUGAGUGCAAUAAGUGUGGGACAGCUUCAUGCGACGACAGGACGGGAGUGUGUCACUGCAAGCCGGGUGUCACCGGACGGCUCUGUGACCAGUGCGAGGAGGGCCACUCAGGUUUCUCCAGCUGUCAGGGCUGUCGGAGGUGUGAAUGCGGGCCAGCGUCUCUUCGCCCCACCUGCCAUCCGCUCACCCACAGUUGUCAGUGCCGUCCGGGCGCUGGAGGCCGUUACUGCGAGCGCUGCCUCCCAGGCUUCUGGGACUACAGCCCCUCCGGCUGUCAGAAGUGUGACUGUGAGAGUGGCCACUGUGAUAUGCACACUGGGGAGUGCCUGCCAGAGGCUGCAGUGGUCAACCUGUGCAACAUCAGUUGUGACGAGUGUAUCUGGCAUUUGAUUGGAGACCUGCGGCUGUCCAAUAAGACUCUAGACCAGCUGAGGGUCAGUGUGUUGAACAUCUCCACUGGGGCUGCAGCUAACGACAGGCUCAAGUAUUACAACUACACUGCACAUCGCCUGCAGGCUCAGUUUUUGGGCUGGAGGAACAAGUCAUCUGUGAUGCGAUCCCAGGCUGGGGAGCUGGAAGAGGCUACAGACGCUGUUGUGUCAGACAUCAAACAACUGGGAGAAAUGGAGAGUAUAGUGAAGACGCUGGGCGCCAGGGUGGACGAGGACACGCAGCAGACCUUCACCCUGGCUGAUCAGCUCACCGCAAACCUCACCGAGCUCAACGUGCGCAUCGAAGAGAUGAUCCAUGACUGGGAGCUGUACAGUGUCCAGCAGGAUCUGGACCCCGAGAUGGUCAGACGGAGCACAGAGGUCGCCAACGGCAUGCUGGUCUGGAUGAGGAAACUGGACCUGUCGCCCCGAGAGCCCAUCGCCCCAGACGAGGCGGCUGAGGCCCAUGAGUUGCUGCGGCGUGUCCGUCAGCUGGAGAAGAAGCUGAUGAGCACGGACGGCCGCCUCUCUCCUGUGAGGGAGGUCCUGUCUCGCUUUACCGCCAAGCUGUCGGAUGCCCAGGGGCUUCUGCAGAAAGCAGCCACCACCGUCCAGCAGACGGAGGACAUGAACAGAGCAAAUGUCUUCAAAUACCAGAGGAAUGAGGCGAGGCAGCAGAGGUUGGCCGAGGAUCACGCUGCCGUCAACGACACGCUGGAAACAGCUGCCGGCUUCAUCUCUGAAGCCACGAGCACUGUGGCUGAGGUGGACGCUAUGGUGCAGAAUCUGACCGAGUACCACGCUGCGAUCGAUGGCGCCAGUCAGAAGCUGACAGAGAAGAUUGAGCGUGUGUCCAUGGCCAACGUGGAUCUGGUGCAGAAGGCCGACCAGCACGCCAACGAGAUGGACAGACAGGCGAACCAACUUGAGGAGGAUCUGAGAAAGAGCGAUGCUAACGGCUUUGUGCAGAGGGCCAUCAGUGCCGCCAACGUCUACAACAACAUCGUGAAAUACCUCGACGAUGCCAAUGUCACCUCCCUGACCACGCUUAACUUAUCCCUGAGAGCUGAUGAUGCCAUUGCUGGAAUCAGCACGCAGCUUGGAUUGCUGACGGUACAGAGUGACAGCGUUUUCAAGGAAUCGGUUUCGCUGCGUUCAGAAGAAUUGGAGGUCGAGGCUGAGGUUGCUGACAAGCUGAAAUACAUCGAGGAGACCAAGGAGACCAUGGAUCAAAAUACCAGAAAACUUGCACAAGUGGUGAAGGAAAUCAGUGAAAUUCACAGAGACAGGACACCGAAACGCCUGGAGUUCACCCAGGAGGUGGCCGAAGGAACCCGGAACCGCUCGUCAGAGGUCCUACAAACCAUCACCCCCAUCAGCACCAAGGUGGAGGAGUGGGCCAACAACAUGAGGAAUAAUGAAUACUCAGCUACAGACUAUGAGCGGGCUGUCCUGUCGGCUGGGGAAGCAGUGGACAACUUGAACGUGCUCGUUCCUGAGCUGCUGGACAAGCUGAAGGUGGUAGAGGAGAAGAAGCCAGUCAACAAUGUCACCACCAACAUCUUGAGGAUCCGGGAGCUCAUAGCCCAAGCUAGGAGUGUAGCCAGGAAGGUCCAAGUGUCCAUGAAGUUCGAUGGUCAGUCUUCAGUGGAGGUUCAUCCUCACACCAACCUGGAAGACCUGAAGACAGUGACCUCCAUCAGCUUGUUCAUCCGAGUGGAUCCCGACAAGGAUCCCAUCGAGGACCGCUUCAUCCUCUACCUGGGAGACAGAAAUGGCAGGAAAGACUACAUGGGACUGGCCAUCAAGAAUGACAACCUGGUGUACGUCUACAACCUCGGAGGUGAAGACGUCGAGAUCCCGCUGGGUUCAAAGCCAGUCAGCCAGUGGCCCCCAGUGUUCAACUACAUCAAAGUAGAGAGGCUGGGCAGACAUGGAAAACUCUUCCUGACCGUUCCCAGUCAGAGCUCCACUGACGAGCAGAAAUUCAUCCAGAAAGGAGAGGCUUUGGGCUCCGACUCGCUGUUCGAUAUCGACCCGAAGGACAUAGUGUUCUUUGUUGGUGGCGUCCCGGCUGAUGUCAGGCUCCCACCUCCUCUGAGUCUUGCUCCCUUUGUGGGCUGCAUCGAGUUGGCUUCAUUGAACAAUGAUGUCAUCAGCCUGUACAAUUUCAAAGAGACUCACAAAAUGGACGUGGUUGCAUCAACACCUUGCCCCAGGUACAAGCUGGCGUUCUCCCAGAGCCGUAUCACCAGCUACCUGUUUGAUGGAACGGGCUACGCACUCAUCAAUAAUAUAGAGAGGAGGGGGAAGUUUGGUGUUGUCACAAGAUUUGACAUUGCUGUGCGAACGGUUGCAAAUGACGGUGUGCUUUUCCUCAUGGUCAAUGCGGAUAAAUUCUUCCUGUUGGAAUUAAAGAAUGGCUUCCUGCGGCUAAUGUACGACUUUGGGUUCAGCAGUGGGCCUAUACUCAUGGAGAGUAAUGUACCCAAACUGCAAAUUAAUGACGCCCGGUAUCACGAGGUGUCAGUGAUUUAUCAUCAGUCCAAGAAGGUUAUCCUGUUGGUGGACAAGAGCCAUGUUAAAUCUAUGGAGAAUCAGAAAACUACUCUGCCCUUCUCGGAUAUCUAUAUUGGCGGAGCCCCAUCUGACAUCCUCAAGUCCAGGCCUGAGCUGUCCUCUGUCGUGGGCCUGAGAGGCUGUGUGAAGGGCUUCCAGUUCCAGAAGAAAGACUUCAACCUGCUGGAGGAGCCCGGCACCAUUGGCAUCAGCAGCGGCUGCCCUGAGGAGUCUUUUAUGUCCCAUAAAGCCUACUUCUCUGGAGAGAGCUACCUGGGAUCCACAGCAAAGAUUUCACCCUUCAGCACCUUUGAGGGAGGAUUCAACUUCCGAACACUGCAGCCCGGCGGACUCAUGUUCUACCACAAUGAGGGGUCUAAUGAGUUUACCAUCUCGCUGGACAAUGGAGCAGUGGUGCUGAACGCCAGAGGAACAAAAGUCAAAUCGCAUAAGAAGCAGUACAACGAUGGAAGGAACCACUUUUUGGUGGCCUCAAUCAACAAUCAGAAGUAUUCACUGGUGGUGGACGACAAAGACAAGCAAGAGAAGAAACGUCCACAAUCUGCCGCAACAUCCUCAUCAGGUCCAAAUCUGAAGACUUUCUACUUUGGAGGGUCUCCACACAGCAGCUUCAAGAACUUCACCGGCUGCAUCAGUUAUGCAUACAUCAACAGACAAGAUCGGGACAUUGAGCCCGAGGACUUUCAGCGGUACACAGAGAAGGUCCAGACUUCUCUGCAGGACUGCCCGGUGGAGCGACCCCCUGCCGCUCUGCUGUCAAAGUACAGAGAAAACACUUCCAGACCCAAACAGAGCCAGUCGAGGAAGGUGAGCAGAGAUAUGCCCAGCCUCCCUCUGGGCCUGAUGGGACUCAAAAGUGACGAUGAAGAGCCAUCAGAAGCAGAUGUUACUCCCUGCUACCUGUCUUCAAGUCCCCGAGCUACCCGUCAAGCUUACCACUACGGCGGCACUGCCAACAGCCGGCAGCAGUACACAGAGCUCCCAGAAUCCCUUUCUGAAAGGUCCCACUUCUCCCUGUCCCUGAAGACCCAGUCGUCCUUUGGCCUCAUCUUUUAUGUAUCCGAUGAACAAGAGGACAACUUCAUGGCCCUUUUCUUGGCCCACGGGAAGCUGAUAUAUACCUUCAAUGUAGCUGACCAAAGAGUCAAAAUCAAAAGCCAUGAGAAAUAUAAUGACGGAAAAUGGCAUGACGUUAUUUUUAUCCGCGAUGGGAAUAUGGGGCGAUUAAUAAUUGAUGGGCUCACGGUGCUGGAAGAUAGAGCUCAGGGAAGCAACCUCUCCUGGCAUGUCAGCAGCCCCCUCUACGUGGGCGGCGUUCCUCCGGGGAGGGCCCUGAAGAAUAUUCAGAGAAACUCUGCGUACAGCUUUACUGGCUGUGUGAAGAACCUCCAGCUUGAUGGACAGUGGCUGUCCUCCACAGCAGAGACAUUUGGGGUCACUCCGUGCUUUGAGGGAAUCUCUGAGGAGGGAACGUACUUCUCAGAGGAAGGAGGAUAUGUCAUUCUCGAUGACACAUUUAAACUGGGGCUGAGGUUUGAGCUGGUGGUGGAGGUGCGCCCUCGUGUGGCAUCAGGCGUGCUACUGCAUGUGCACACAUCAGAGAAGGACUAUCUCACAAUGUACAUGCAUCAAGGGACGGUAAUGGUCCUCGUGAACAAUGGAGUUCGGGAGUUCUUCACACAGGUUUCUCCACAACAGGGUCUGUGCACCGGGAGCUGGCACAAAAUUACCGUGAUCCGGGAUGCCAGUGUUGUGCAGCUGGAUGUAGACUCUGAAGUCAACCAUGUGGUGGGGCCGUUGAGCCCCAGUUCAGCAGAUAUCACAAGCCCUGUGUUCAUCGGUGGAGCUCCAGACCCUUUCCUCCCAGAGCGCAUUCCCACCAGGAAGGCCUAUGUGGGCUGCAUGAGGAACCUGACCAUCAACAAGAGCCAAGUGAGCCUCAGUAAAGCUGCUCUGGUCAGUGGAGCGGUCAGUGUGGGAUCCUGUCCAGCAGCAUAAACACAUCUAUCAGCAUCCCCAGCUUCACAGCACUGACCAAACACACUGCUCCUUUCAUUAAAAAUCUCUCUUUUCAUGAGACAUAACCAUAAAAACAGAGGUAUUGUCAUUCUUUUCACCGUUCUUCACAUGUUUGUUUUUUAAUCUCUCCGGUUCUCCAUAAAAUGUCCCAGGAAUACAACCAAAUCCCACUCAGUAAUAUUUGUUUUCUCUACACUUUCUAUCAGCUGUAAAAUGUUCAUUUGUUCUUAUAAUAUCCAGGAAUCCCAUUCCCACUCAGAGGGACAUGGGUAAUAUUUUAGAGAUUUUUGAUGUAAGAGCGUCUCUGCCUCCACUGAAAGCAUUCUGGGUCCUGCCACCUCACUUUGUAAUCCCACUGGCACAUUUUUGUACAACUUUAUGUUCAAAACUUUUUUUCUCUCUCUUUUGUACGGUUUUCUUCUGAUGAAUAAAUGAUCUUUUACACCCAA